GAACAAAACGUAUGUGGAAGGCACACAUCUCCAAAUGAACCGUCCCGUCCCCACCACGCCCCGCCGACGUCAUGGUAGGUCAUUGACACGCGAGCUGCUCGAGAUAAACUUCCAACAUUCUCGCAUACCACACACGCUGUAGGCACGUUCGACUUAUACACAAUAUUAGAAUGGCAUCCACGAUGACGAGAAAGGAGAUUCUGGGGAAGGUGUACAAGAUGAUCCCGCCCAUGCUGGAGAAGUUCCACAAGGGACAGCUUGGUCGAGUGGCAGUCAUUGGCGGCAGCGAGGACUACACAGGCGCACCAUACUUCUCCGCAAUGGCCUCCGCGAAGCUGGGGUGCGAUAUGUCACACGUCAUUUGCGAGCCCGGCGCCGCUGCAGUGAUCAAGACGUACUCUCCCAAUAUCAUGGUCCACCCGUACAUGCGACAGCAGAAGAACCUUGCCCAGAGCGAGACAAUCGACUCCAUUUCGGAGCAGGUCGUGGCCAUGCUCGACCGAUUACACGUUGUCGUUAUCGGGCCAGGUCUUGGCCGUGACCCUGCGAUGCAGGAGACCUGCGCACGUGUCAUCACCGAAGCCCGCAAGAAGAAUGUCUCUUUCGUCCUGGAUGCCGAUGGCUUGUACCUCGCGCAGACGCGACCGGACCUUGUACACGGCUACAAGGAGUGCAUACUGACUCCCAAUGUGGUCGAAUUCGGCCGGUUAGCGAAGGCACAGAACAUCGACACCGCCAAAGAGGAUCCUUCGAAGCUAUGCGAGAAGCUCUCCAAUGCUUUCGGCGGCGUGACCAUCAUCCAGAAGGGCGCAGUCGACUACAUCUCCAACGGCCAACAGACGCUCGUUUCGGAAGGCGAAGGCGGCUUCAAGCGUUCCGGUGGUCAGGGUGACACACUCACCGGCUCUCUCGCCACAUUGCUAGCCUACCGCAAGGCAUACCUGGAGCGUAUCUGGGACCACGAGAAUGACAUGAAGCCGGACGAGCUGCUCGCAUACGUCGCAUACGGCGGCUCAGCCAUUACGCGCGAGUGCUCACGACGAGCCUUCAUGACCCAAGGCCGCUCUUUGCAAGCGUCGGAUCUCACUGAGCAGGUCCACCCUGCAUUCCUUGAUAUCAUCGGCGAGCCGACCGAGGAGUUGUCCAAGCUGUAGCAUGGCGAUGCGUUCUUCAUGCCUAUGCCACACUCUCUCCAUCUCGACGUUGAGCUGUCACGGAAGCAUAUUCUUGCCAGCGUCACGACUUGUGGUCGGUACGCUGAUACGAAACGAUUGUUU